UCAGUGUCAUUCUCUAGAAAAGUGAAACGCUUUUUGUGCUUGCUUUUGUCGAGCUGGAAUUCUGUAAUAGUGAAUUUUAACUAUUGCUUUGCUUUAAAUUCGUAACCAAGACUGGUUCUAUUAAUUUAAUGUUUUAAUCAGUAUGCAAAGCAGCUUCGGCGCUAUGAAUUCAUCUAUUGAAAUAAGUUCAUACCGUGAUCAACAUUUCAAGGGUUCCCGCAGCGAGCAAGAAAAGCUAUUAAAAGCGUCAUCAACGCUCUACAUUGGAAACUUGUCAUUUUACACUACGGAAGAACAAAUAUACGAAUUAUUUUCCCGAUGCGGUGAUAUCAGAAGAGUAAUUAUGGGUUUAGAUAAAUAUAAAAAGACUCCAUGUGGAUUUUGCUUUGUGGAGUAUUAUACAAGACAUGAUUCGGAAAACUGUAUGAGGUACAUAAAUGGUACAAGACUUGAUGACAGAAUUAUUCGUUGUGAUUGGGAUGCAGGAUUUAUUGAAGGCAGACAGUAUGGCAGAGGCAAGACUGGUGGCCAGGUCCGAGAUGAAUACAGAACAGAUUAUGAUGGUGGCAGAGGUGGUUAUGGAAAAAUAAUUGCACAAAAAAUCACACCCACUCCUAUGGAACGCUGAUCAUUUCUUUUAAGUGAUAAGGACACGUGUGCUUUUAUUAUUAAGGCCAGAACUUUGAGGAAGACUGUGAAAUUGUAUUUACUAGUGACAACAUUCAAUGACAACAGAGUGUGAAAUAUGUAAUGAAGUAUCUAAUAAAGAUUUUCCAUUAA